AACUCCUCCCCGGCAUGCAUUGCAUGCCCAACAUGGAUGAACUGACGGUGGAGGUCCGUGGCUCCAACGGAGCAUAUUAUAAGGGAUUUGUCAAAGAUGUCCAUGACGAUUCACUCGCUAUUGCCUUUGAGAACAAUUGGCAACCAGAGAGACAAGUUCCCUUUAGUGAUGUUCGGAUGCCACCUCCAGCCGAUGGUAAAAAGGACAUCGGGGAGGGAGAAGAGGUGGAGAUCUUCUCCCGGGCCAAUGAGCAGGAGCCAUGUGGCUGGUGGCUUGCCAAAGUGCGCAUGAUGAAGGGAGAUUUCUAUGUGAUCGAGUAUGCUGCCUGUGACGCCACAUACAAUGAAAUAGUCACAUUUGAACGUCUUCGGCCUGUAAAUAUCAACAAGGCGGUGUCAAAGAGCUCCUUCUUCAAGUGCACAGUCCCAGUUCCCGACGACCUGAAAGCAGUGUGCGAAAGUGAACAAGCGCAUAAAGAUUUCAAAAAGGCAGUGGGAGCUUGUCGGAUUGUCUACUGUUCAGAAACAAGUAGCUUGGUUGUACUGUCCAUAAAUGAAGCCACAGUUAAGCGAGUGUCUUUGCUCAGUGACAUGCACCUGAGGAGCAUUCGUACUAAGCUCAUGCUCAUGUCCCGAAAUGAGGAGGCCACUAAACAUCUGGAGAGUACAAAGCAACUGGCAUCUGGUUUCCAAGAGGAGUUUACAGUCAGGGUGGACCUCAUGGGCCUUGCCAUUGGAAGCCAUGGAAGCAACAUUCAACAAGCCAGAAAACUGCCUGGAGUCACUGCUAUCGAGCUGGAUGAGGGGAGCGGGACGUUCAGAAUUUACGGAGAGAAUGAGGAGGCCGUUAAGAAGGCAAGGAAUUAUCUGGAGUUUCUUGAAGAUUCUGUUCAGAUCCCCAGGAACUUGGUCGGAAAGGUAAUUGGCAAGAAUGGGAAAGUCAUUCAGGAGAUCGUUGACAAGUCUGGAGUGGUGAGAGUUAGGAUUGAAGGGGACAAGGAUGGCACACAGCCACGUCAAGAAACACAGGGAAUGGUCCCGUUUACAUUUGUCGGCACUAAGGAGAAUAUUGGGAAUGUCCGGGUACUUCUGGAGUACCACAUUGCCUACCUGAACGAAGUGGAGCAGCUGCGUAUGGAGAGACUGCAGAUUGACGAGCAGCUGAGGCAGAUUGGGAUGGGCCACAGGCCUUCAUCUGGCCGCCCAGCAGACAAGGGCUACACCACAGACGACAGUGUGGCUGCUACCGCCGUGCACACCAGCCGCUCCUACACCGGCAGAGGCCGCGGACGCAGGGGCCCCAACUACACCUCUGGCUAUGGCACAAACUCUGAGCAAUCCAAUGCCUCUGAGACUGACUCUGAGCGUAAGGAUGAGCUGAGUGACUGGUCCCUGGCGGGAGAAGAACCGGAGAGGGGGACUCGACAACAGAGAGACAGCAGGAGGAGAGCUGGUCCAGGGAGGGGUAGAGGGCCCAGGGGCCGUGGAGCAGGGAGAGGAGCCCCCAACACCGCUCUGAAGGAUCCUUAUGGCAACCCAUACAGUGUGCUUGACAACACAGAGACAGACCAGACGGCUGACACUGAUGCAAGCGACUCCAACCUCAACACAAACCGCCGCCGCCGCUCCCGCCGCCGCCGGACUGAUGAGGACACAACAGUCAUUGAUGGCAUGAGUGAAUCAGAUAACGCUUCCCUCAGUGAGAAUAGCCUUGAUGACUCAAAAGCUAAACCACAACGGCGUAACCGUAGCAGCAGACGCAGUGUCCGCCCACCAGAGGAAAAGCAACCAGUUACAGUGGCAGAUUACAUAUCCCGUGCUGAAUCACAAAGCAGACAGACUAACCAAAAAGAACUGAAAAAUAACAAAAAAGAACUGGGGCAGGUUGAGUGUAUCGCGGAGCACAGCCUAUCUGCAGAAGCAAAUACAAGCAACGGAUCCAGCAAUGGAAGAGGUGACGAACCAGGCAGGGCUUCCACAGAACAGGUUGCCAAAGUCACUUACCAAGGGAAUGGUGACCAGCAGCCUGUCCUGAACGGGGUUUCCUAAUCUACGAAUCCACUCAAACUCAUUAAUUGUACUACAUUUUUACAAUAGUUAUUGUACAAGCUUGCCAAAGAUAGUCAUGGACUUCCAGAUUCUCUACUGCACUUUUCAGUUCCCUCAACAUGGGACACAGAGAGAUUUAGCACUGAACCCAAGACAUAAGAGUAUGUUUCAAGUACAUGAUCUGAUGUUGUGCCUUGAGAAUAGAUUCAACAUAGUUAGUUGCCUGGCUGUAGUAAACGUUUUGUCAGUGAUGGCAAAGAUAGGAAGAAUCCAGUUAUCCUAAUAUUUGUUGAGUUAGCUGCUUUUUGUUACAUUUUAAUAUGCAACCACUUCUUCAUACGAGGAAAUGCAGUCUGGAAGAGUUUUGCACUGAAUUGUAAUUUAUUUUCCAUAAGAAUAACAUUAGUCUGGAAACUGGUCUGUUAAUGUUCAAUGUCAAUUUAUUUUAUUUUUUUCCCUGAAUGACACUCCACAUAGUAGUGAACCUGUAUGCUGAAAUGCACCCACCAGAGGCUGGAAUUAUGGUGGCAGUAACUGGUCUCAUGAAGGAGCUUUAUUUGGUUUAUCAAGUGUACAGUAUUUAAAAAGCUGUUAUUCCUAACACUGGCUGAAGACCGUAUUUUCAUGCAGGUGACAAUUUGGACUACUGAAAGAGAAGUUCCCAGAUGUUGGUUUGGUAAACUACAAUUCUGUUUUUUUAUGCUCAUUCUGGUUUGAUGUGCAAUAUGUUUUGUAUGCCGGUAGUUCUUAAAUAAAACCCGAUCUUCCAUUUAGAUCCAAAACCA